UCUCAAACAAAUAGAAGAUACCGAUGCUCAACCUUGAAGUACGAAAUACAGAGCAACUGGAAGAAGAUGACCUUAACACUCUGCUGGCAAUAUUUGCUGUUACUGAACAAGUUAAAUUGACCCUGGAGGACAGCAAUGGAUUUCUUGAAAGCAACCAGUCUGCCAUUAAUAUGUACAGAGGUAUUUUUAGAGAAAUCGCUAUUUUCUGUCAUCAUUUAAGAAGAGAAGAGGAAGAGCUGAUUAUAUCUAUGCCGUUCUUGGAAUCCCUACAAUUAACAUUCACUGAAGUGCCAGAACUCUCACUUAAACAACUCUCCAUCACUGCUUUAAAUGAGUUGGACAUAGUUGGUAAACUACCUGAUGGUUUCAGCAACUUACUCUUUAUGGAAGACCUAAAAAUGAAAAAUGUGAACAUAAGGGACGAUUGUAUCAGAUACGCUUCCUUCAUUCAGCAUUUUACAAAGCUGAAGUGUUUUCACCUCAAGUGCCGGGGGUCUCUCAAUUUCUCUCCUAUUGUUGAAUCUCUGGCCUCGUGUGAGGACAUGGAGAAUCUCUGCAUUGAAGGCUGGGCUUUUUAUCCAGAUGAUGUUUCUGCCCUUGCGUCUACUUUGCCAAACUUUAAAAAGUUGAAGUUCUUAGACUUCACAGGCACCCACAUUGAUAAAUCAGUGAAAAAGACAGCAGCGGAAAAAUUAGUUGAAGUUGUGGGGUCCCUGGUUUAUCUGGAAGUGUUGAAGUUUCCUCAAGGUGCUGGCAUGAAAUCUGUAUCCUUAAGUGCCAUUCCACAGCUUCAGAAGCUACCAAAUCUGAAAGUUUUAUCCAUGCAGAUCUGCCUAGAUGACAGUAGCAUUUAUGAAUUGGCAAAAAUAGCUAAGGAAGGCAAUCUUCAAGCACUUCAGCAGCUUAACCUAAACGUUAACCAUGAUAUCACCGACUCUGGAUGGAGAAGCUUCUUCCUGAACCUGGAUAAGAUGCCUCACUUAGCCGAUCUAAUUGUCAGUAGGAUGUACACCCAUAAUCUGAAACCAAGUGCAUCGACAAUGUUGGCUUUCGUUCAGUGUGCCUCAAGGCUCCCAAGUCUACUUACUAUCAAUAUGUGCGGCUGGUUGUUAGACACAGAAGAUGUACAGUUAUUUGAGACCAUGAAGCAAGAGCACCCUCAGGCAAAAUGUUUAAGUCUUAACUGGAAAUGGCUGGAGCCCAUUGUGCCAAUUAUAAAGGAAGACACCUUUUAGUGAUGAUUGACAGAAGUCAGCACUUUUAGUUAAGAACAAAUUCAGAGUUCAGUUGUUUAAUUUCUAAGGAGACAUGCACCUUUCUUGCUGAUCAUAACUUGGGUAUAUUUAUACAUUAAGCCAUUUUUAUACAGUAUACAUUACUACAAUAGUACCCAUCCUGAAAUGAUGUGCAAAAAUGUUAUAUUGUGCAAAUUAGAGCUAGAUUUGUUAGCAUGUUAAAUUGAAUACUUUCGGUGAUGUUGUUAUGGAUAGUUUCUUUCUUUGUGCGAGCCUCUUUUAUCAAGUGCUUCUUCAUGUAUCUGUCUGGUGUGCCAUCCUAGGUGCAGUGCCCUCAAGCUUUGAGCACUUUAAAAACAACAUUUACCUGCUUUUAUUUGUUUGUGUUAGUUGAUGGUUUUCUCUCAUUACCUGAACAUAGGACUUCCAAGAUGAUAGGGCAGGACAUCAGUCUGCAUUCAUACUGAUUGAUCCACAUCUUCAGAUACAAUCAGUUCAUUGUUAUUAUCUUUUGACAUUAGUAUUAAAUCUUUGAAGCUGUUAUGAUCUUUUUGAAAAUACUUUAA